AUGAGACGCACAACCCGCAAAGCCCUCGUGCACCUCACGCUUUUCACCAGCGCCCUCUUCCUCAUCAUCUACCUCAACCGUUCCUCCAGCAACACCUCAUUCCCCUGGACACGCAUCCGGUAUCCCUACACUUCCCGCCAACCCGCCCUCCCCGCACCCCACGGUCUCUGUCCCGGUCUCUCCACCACCACCAAACCCGCUCUGAUCGUCUCCCACGUCUCCGCCGAUGGCGACCCCGCCUGGCUCUCUCCCCUCCGCUCCAAAUACCACAUCUGCAUCUACAAUGUCGAUUCCUCCCCCCUGCUCCAAUCCUCUCAGAAAAUCCUCCAAGUACCUGCUAAUCGCGCGCACGAAGCGAUGCCCUACCUCACAUUCCUGAUCGACAAUUAUGAACAUAUUCCCGCGGCAGGCGCGGUCUUCAUCCAUGGAAAUCGCUUCCAGUGGCAUAAUGAUCAUCCUACGUAUGAUAAUCUAGAUCUGUUAACCCAUCUUAAUAUUGAAACUGCGUUGGCGGAAGACGGUUACCAUAAUCUGAAAUGUGAUUGGAGUCUCAGUACCUGUGGGGAGAAAGCCGUAGCGCAAGGAAGUCUCGAAACGAGUAUGCAAGCAUCGCUGCAACCGUGGGAUAAACGAGCGGUUUCUGAUGCGGCCAUGCCGAAAGCAUCGAGAGUAUUAUUCGGAGAGGGGAAACAGUUGAGUAGAACCGAUGUGGUGAGAAGUCAAUGUUGUGCGCAGUUUGUGGUGUCGAGGAAAAGUAUCUGGAAACAUGAGAGAGAGGAGUAUGUAGCGCUGAGACAGUGGUUGUUGGAUCCGAAGGGAGCUCCGAGGGAUGAUAAGGUGGCGGGGAGGAUAUUGAGUUAUUUGUGGCACGUGUUGUUUUUGGAGCAGGAAGGAGGGGAGCAGGGAAUGCUGGAUUUGGAGAGACUUAAUAGACAGGCGUGUCCGAGUGCGCAAAAGUGCUAUUGUCGACUCUAUGGGAAGUGCGAUUUAGAUUGUAGGACAAUGGGGACUUGUCGAGGACAGUAUACAUUGCCGAGAAAUCUUAGGCUUCCGGAGGAUUAUGGAAAACAGUUUGAGCAUGUGGAUGAUCACUCGGAUAGUCUCUGA